AUGAAGGACGAGAAAGAAGCCGCCGCCUCCGCUUCUCUCCGCCGCGGGCUCAACAAACUUCUAAGCCAGCAGCCUCCGGCUCGCGGCUCUGCGGAGCCCGAUCUGCGGAACGGCUACGCGAAGGGAUGCGCGGCUCCUCUGGCCCCGAGCGGCCCCCUGCCGAACCUUCGGGCGCCUCUCCCAGCCGCUCCUCGCCGGGCUCUGCUCUUGGGUCUGGCGGCGGCGGCGGCGGCUCCCUUGGCGCUCCUGCCGUGCGUCUUGCUGUGGGGAGAGCGCGAAAAGAAAGCGGGCGCAGCUGCCGGCAGCCCCGAAGCAAGCGGGCUGUUGGCGCCGCUGGGGCUGGGCCGGUGCCUGAGCCCCCUCUUCAGUCUCGCCUGUGCCUUCUUCUUCCUCACCUGCUACCUGGCCCGCGAGGAGCCCGGCGGCCCCUGGUGGCUUCUGGCGCUGCCGCUUUGCUGCUACGCGGGAGACUCGGUGGCGCUGCAGUGGCUCCUGCUGUCCCGCCAGGCCGAGGCGGAGGAAGGCGUCCCCCGCCCGCCACCGGCCGAACUGCAGAUGCUGGCGGGACGGUUGCUGGCCACCCUGGGCGCCGUGGCCGGCCUGACCCUUUGGCAGCGCAGCCUCAGACUCCGCCGCAGCCUCCUGGUCCUGGUGUUCGCCGGCCUCGUGUGGCUGGUCUCGCUCGCCAGCCUGGGGUCUCUGCCUCCGCCCCUUAGGCCGCUGCUCUCCUGCUUCGCCGGGACGGCGGGAUGCUUGUGGGCGCUGCUGGGAGGAGAGCGCUGCCUUUUCUCUUCUCGCUCCUCUUCGGGUCGGGGGUUACAGCAGCACCACCACCACCUCCAGGCUUCGCAUCCCAAGUCGGCCGGCAGCGCCGAGCACAGAGUUCCUGGGAUCCGACCCAAGAGGCGAUCCAGUUGCGUGUCCUUGGGGGAGACUUCUGCCGCUUAUUAUGGCAGCUGGAAAACGUCCAGGAGACCUUCGUUGCCUUCCAUUUCCAAGGAACAG